CCGUUCUACAGGCAACUUAUUCAAAACAGAGAUCAACAAAAUAGUUUCCCAUCCCCUAGCAAAUGAUGAACUGUAAAUGACUCUAGUGAGAGUUGUACUGAUAUUAUUCAACAACAUCUGCAAUUAAAUGACCGAUAGAAAGAAUAUGAGGAUAUUAAAACUGUGUUGGCUUUUUACAGUAGCACUAUUCGUUUCGUUGGUGCAUGGUCAAAACCUUUCCGCAUUGCCGGAGGGCUCAGGAUUAGGUGAUUCGGCGCCCAUACUCACAGACGAUUACGUCAACUGUCCUCCCGGAGAUGAAGACAAUCCGGAACGAUCGAUGCUGGGUGAUGUGGAGGCAGAUGAUUUGAAUUACAGCUACGAUGAUGACGAUAUUUUUGAGCUUCCGAAGUCAGUGGAUGUCAAUGCAGAAGUAGUGAGUUCCGUUGAAAAUGAUACGAUCGAAAAAUUAUGGAAGAAUUAUCCUACGAGAAACGAUUCGGAAACAGUGACUGUACAUGAUAACAACGAGGGUAGCGGAGAACCAGAUGAGGUUCAAGAGACUUCAGCACUGAUCAAAUCUCCAAAAAUCUACAGCCUACCAGACUCGGAACCUUUGGAGACUAGAAUUGCUGAAUUCGUCGACGAGCAUCCCGAAGAAGUUAUUUUGAAAUCACCAAACUAUCCUCAGCCAUACCCAAAUUCUGUAAACAGUUUCCAAAACUACACGAUCAUCGGAGGAAUCGGUAUUCAGGUGACGGUUCACAAGCUCGAUCUUGAUCCUUCAUCAGAUUUUCUAUACAUUCGAGGUGGUUCGAUAAAUGAUAAUGAUGAAAAGGGCCCCGUCCUGACAGGAACCAUCAAAGAGCCACUGCGUUUUCUUAUUGCUCAUACCACGACCUUUUCCGUUCAUUUCGUGUCGCAACACAAUGAAUCGGAACCGCAGACACACACGGGAUUUUUGCUAACUUACGCUCCGUUUGGCACAGUUGUUUCACCGACAACUCCAUCGACAACGGAAAUGAUUGUGCCACGGGAGGAACUGCAGUGGAUUCGUAAGGAGAUUUCCAUCAGCCGAUCGAUGAUAGUUUCCGUGGAAACGUGGCCUAUCAUCAAAACUGCAUUGAUGACCGCAUCUAAUGCUUUUAUUGAGCAGCACCAGCUCAAGUACAAACCUAGUCGUGCGGAGGACAUUCGGAUUCUGGCCCAAAAGUGCCCGGACACAUGGCCCAGUUACGAAGAGUGUGUUAGUUUGGAAUUUGCAGUACCUUUGCGUCCGCUUCCUGCACCGAUCGAGGAAGAAACGGACGGUUUCGGUUUGGAUGGUAAGGGUAAGCUGGCCGCGAAAGGAUUCAUCUCAAUAACGACCACCGACGCUCCGGAAACGGAGUAUCAACUAUCUGUUGCGAAUUUGGAAAGGAUGUGGAAAGAAUUCGGUGCAAUGGCACUGGCCGACCAGGGCAUCGAAGUUUACAAAAUGCCGGAAAAUGAGUCGGUGUUGCUGAUUUGGAUCGCGAUAAGCUUGUGCAUUCUGGCUGCAUUCAUCUUCGUGUUGUACAGUAUUUGGAAGAUUGAUUUCUUCAAGGAUUACAGAAGAAUUUCCCGAUUGAGCCGUGAAGCACCGGAUGAUGACCGAAAUGAACUGAAGAAAAAAGAGUUCGACAUUUCGAUGUUCCCAUCACCGCACCAGAUCGUGCCAAGUUUGUUCCCGACCGGAGAUCCAUACAACGGUCGUGGUUCAGAAACACAAUAUGCUUAUGAUAAUUCUUCAAUGAAUCCUUGGCCUGAGGAUGCUUUCGAUCCACAGUUCGCAACAUUUGACCAAAGAUCCGAUCCUAAAAGCUCGCAAAAUCAACAGGUAUUCGAACCGCAUUCUCCUCUCGCACCUGAGUAUUCUUCUUCCAAUAUUGUCGACUUUAACGAAGGAUCUCCUGCAAGAAAUUUAACUAAUCCGUUUUUACCGCUCAGUGGUAGGGACAGCCAUGGUAUCAAUUAGCCCAGAUCAUGAUCGUCAAAACGCAAAUUAGCUACAUAAGUGUCUUGAAGAAAUAAAUAAUUAUGGAGAAUAAAAACUGUACACGAGAGAAAGUAGUUGGAAAACGUAAA